AUGUCGUCUACAACGCCAACCAAAAUCGCCUCAACCAUAACCAACAACCUCUCCUCCCUAACAUCCAAAGCUCUCUCCACCACCUCUACCCAACGAGCGCUCAUGCAAUGCGUAAAAUCCAUCAUCCCACCCCUCUCCCCCGCUAAACACAAAGGACAAGCUGGACGAAUCGGAAUUGUUGGCGGCUCAAAAGAUUACACUGGCGCACCAUUCUUCGCUUCAUUCUCCUCUAUGCGCUUCGGAGCAGAUAUGACCUACACAAUCUGUACGCCUGAAGCUGGGAACGUUAUCAAAACCUACUCCCCCGACCUCAUCGUCAACCGAUUACUCAAUCCCGACGUACCUUUCGAUCAGGUCGAAAAGGAGGUCGAUGAGCUCUUCGCUCGAUUCCACGCAGUUGUAGUAGGUCCAGGACUAGGUCGAGACGAAUUCAUGCAGAACUGCGCUCGACUUUGUAUAAAACUCGCGAGGAAACAUGAGAUGUACAUCGUCGUCGACGCCGACGGACUCUGGCUUCUUCAAAACGAACCUGACAUUAUCAAAGGGUAUCGAAAAGCAAUCCUAACCCCCAACGUUGCCGAAUUUUCCCGUCUAUGUGAUAAACUAGGCAUAGACGCAAAGGGGAACCCGAACGAAGCCGCCAAAAACCUAGCACUCGCCCUCGAUGGCCCAACUAUUGUAGAAAAAGGGAAGGUGGAUAGGGUUACGAAUGGAAAAGAGGUACUGAUUGUAGAAGCGGAGGGCGGCUUGAAAAGGUGUGGUGGUCAGGGAGAUAUCUUGGCUGGUUGUUUGGGGACGUUUGCUGGUUGGUGCAAGAUUUUUGAGGAAGAGAAUGCCAAUCUUUCCGCAGAAGGGGAGUUUGGAAGAGAUAGAUUGCCGUUGUUAGCGGGGUAUGGUGCAGCGCUGACAGCAAGAACAUGUUCCAGACUAGCAUUCGCGAGGAAGAAAAGGGCUAUGUUGGCAGAUGAUCUGCUGCCAGAAGUGGGAAAUGCUUAUGAGGAACUGUGGGGCGAUGUUCAGGCUUCGCUCUAA